CCAGGGCUGCUGCAGGUGGUGAAGCAGUGCGUGAGGGUCCCAGUGUUCGUCAUGAUCCGACCUCGCGGCGGCGAUUUCCUCUACUCGGACCGGGAGGUGGAAGUGAUGAAAGCCGAUAUCCGCCUUGCCAAGCUGCAUGGGGCCGACGGGCUGGUGUUCGGGGCCCUCACUGAGGACGGGCGCAUUGAUACUGAGCUCUGCACAGCGCUGCUGGCUGUGUGCCGUCCCCUGCCGGUCACAUUUCACCGAGCCUUUGACAUGGUGCACGACCCUCUGGUGGCAUUGGAGACCCUGAUUUCUCUGGGGUUUGAGCGCGUGUUGACAAGUGGCUGUGACAGCUCAGCACUGGAAGGAUUGUCCUUAAUUAAGAGACUUGCGGAACAGGCGAAGGGCAGAAUUGUGGUGGUGCCAGGGGGUGGCAUCACAGAGCGCAAUCUGCAGAGGAUUCUGGAAGGCUCCACCGCUUCUGAGUUUCACUGCUCUGCUCGCUCAGCCCGGGACUCGGGGAUGAAGUUCAGAAAUCCGAACGUUGCCAUGGGAGCAUCCUUCUCUGCCCCUGAAUACUCCAUAAAGGUGGCAGAUGUGGCCAAAGUGAGGACCCUGAACGCGAUCGCAAAGAACAUUCUGUAGUGGAAGGCACCGUGCUGGGACAAGAACGCUGAGACUCCAGGGUCUUCUCUGCCACAUGGACCGAUGGGUACCGCUUCCGUCCUCAGGCUGCAGAGGAUGUGAACUAGGUGAUGAAGCCUGACAUCUCUUCCCUUGGCUUCCCCUGAAUGACCAGUCCCUGGCCUGGAAACUUGGCCAUUUUAAAUAAAAGGACUUAUUCCCAGAUGUUGCGGCAACAAGCUGUUCGUCAGUAUUUGGGAGGAAGGGAGCUGAGCAAGUAGGGGGACUGAAUUGUGUAGCACUGCAUGUGAUUGUCAAAUAAACACUGCAGCUGCCCCCCUCUU